GUCAUUAUUAUAACAGCUCGCUACAGAGACCAAAAUAUCAGCUGAAAUACUAUCCUGUACUUAGUGAUGACCUUUGUAAACUUCUUUUCCAGGAUACAAGCAGAGGAUUUAUUUAUGGGAAUCUCAAACACAACAGCAGCAAAUUUGCACUAGGGAAGGCCGUUCACCUGCUCUGAGUGUGGGAAGGGAUUCACUCGGUCAUUCCAGUUGCUGAUGCACCAACAAAUUCAGAAGAGGCCGUGUAUGUGCACUGAGUGUGGGAAGGGCUUCCUUCAGUCAUCGCACCUGCUGACACACCAGCGUAUUCAUACUGGGGAGCGGCCUUUCUCCUUUCUCAAUGUGUGGUCAGGGAUAGGCUCAGUUAUCCAGCCUAAUGAUGCACCAGCAAGUUCAUGCAAGGGAAAGGCCAUUCUCCUGCUCGGAGUGUGGGAAGCGCUUUGCUCAGUCAUACAACCUGAUAACGCAUCAGCGGGUUCACACUGGGGAGAGGCCUUUCUCCUGCUCAACAUGUGGGAAAGGAUUCACUCAGUCAUCCCACUUGCAGGCUCACCAGUGAGUUUGCACUGGGGAGAGGCACUUUGCCUGCCCUACUUGUGGGAAGGGAUACGCUACACCAUCCAGUCUGGUGAGGCACCAGCAAGUUCACACUGGGGAGAGGCUAUUCUCCUGCUCAACGUGUGGGAAAAGAUUCACUCAGUUAUCCAACCUGAUAACACACUAGCGAGUUCACACUGGGGAGAGGCCGUAUACCUGCUCCGAGUGUGGGAAGGGAUUCAUUCAUUCGUCUGAUUUGCUGACACACGAGAGGGUUCACUCUGGGGAGAGGCCGUUCUCCUGCUCAAUGUGUGGGAAGGGAUUCACUCAGUCAUCCCAUUUGCAGGCACACCAGUGUGUUCACACCGGGGAGAGGCUAUUCUCCUGCUCAACAUGUGGGAAAGGAUUCACUGAGUUAUCCAGCCUGAAGGGACACCACCGAGUUCACACUGGGGAAAGACCGUUCUCCUGCUCAACGUGUGGGAAAGGCUUCACUGUAUUAUCCAGCCUGAAGAAUCACCAGCGAGUUCACACUGGGGAGAAGCCGUACACAUGCUCCGAGUGCGGGAAGGGAUACACUGUGUUACCUACCCUGACAACGCACCAGAGAGUUCACACCGGGGAGAAGCCGUACACCUGCUCCGAGUGUGGGAAAGGAUUCACUCAGUUUUCCAACCUGAUGAUGCACCAGCGAGGUCACACUGGGGAGAGACCGUACACCUGCUCUGAGUGUGGGAAGGACUUCACUGUGUUAUCCAGCCUGAAGCAACACCAGCGAGUUCACACUGGGGAGAGGCCAUUCACCUGCUCUGAGUGCGGGAAAGGAUUCCCUUCAUCAUCUCAGCUGCUGAAACACCAGCAAAUUCACACUGCGUGCUUUUCCCCUUCCCUCCCCGGCUCCCGUGCUGUGAUCACGCUCCAGAACUCAGACACCAAAGACAACCUGGGAGGAACAAACAGACCCAACACUCCCCACAGCUCCCCCAGGGGUCAACUGGGUGGGUGGAAAAUGUCGCGUCACUUGAAGAAUGAAGAGGAGCUUACACGGGAACAGCGACCAAAGGACCAGCUUACGAAGGAGCUGAUCGUCACCCCGGCCAUUCUCGACACUCUGCUAGCGACUAACCAAGUAGCCCAGAGGAUGAGGAGGGAGGAUGGGUCUGGCUGGGAAGAGAGGCUUAAAGUGCCCUGGGACAGACAUGAUCAAAGUGAACACAUCCACGUCCACCGGCCCAGAAAGCCCUUUCGUCCUGAAUGUGCCCCCCCCCCCACCCGGGUUCCGAAGCAUCUGAAGAGCCUGAUGCCACAGAACCAACUCUGGAGAAGGAUGGGCUCCCGGGACACCGGCUCAUUCAGAUGCUGCAACACAGGAGAUCCGUGGAAACAUUCCCAGCAGAGGGAGGGUCAUCCCGAGUCUGAGGAUGACUUUCGCUCGGUGUGGAUGGUCGGAGACCCUGACAUCACCUGCCGGUGUGCCCACCGCGCAGGACCUGGAGGAAGCCCCAAGGUGGAAGGGCAAGUGAAGUGGUGGACGUCAGAUGGACAGGACGAGAGACCUCGCUCCUUCACCGAGGCUCCCACAGCCUGCUGCCGCAGUGGCCGCCCUCGAAAGGUGGUCCUCACUGUGGCAGCAGUCGCUGCCUCUAUUUACCUGCAAGACGUUGAGCUGCCGGAGGGCGCGGAUUGGGAGGGACAUGUUUUGAUUUUGCUGCUUUCUCUGCCGGCCCGGCCCAAGGUGGACUCCAGGCCCCGGCUGGUGAAUGACUGUUUUGCUGGCACCGUUUCUGGAUCCCUGAAGAGGCCGUGUAUCUGCACUGAGUGUGGGAAGGGCUUCCUUCAGUCAUCCCACCAGUUGACACACCGGCAUGUUUAUACUGGGGAUUGGCCGUUCUCCUGCUCAACGUGUGGUAAGGGAUUGUCUCAGUUAUCCAGCCUGAUGACGCACCAGCAAGUUCGUGCCGGGGAAAGGCCAUUCUCCUGCUUGGAGUGUGGGAAGGGCUUUGCUCAGUCGUCCCAUUUGCUAACACACCAGAGAGUUCACACCGGGGAGAGGCCGUUCACCUGCUCUGAGUGUGGGAAGGGAUACAUUCAGUCAUCUGAUUUGCUGAAACACCAGAGAGUUCACACCAGGGAGAGGCCCUUUUCCUGCCUGACAUGUGGGAAGGAAUUCGCUACAUCAUUCUGUCUGCUGAGCCACCAGCAAGUUCACACUGGGGAGAGACCAUUCUUCUGCUCAACGUGUGGGAAAGGAUUCACUAAUUCAUCCAGCCUGAUGACACACCAGCGAGUUCACACUGGGGAGAAGCCGUACGCCUGCUCUGAAUGUGGGAACGGAUUCAGUCGGUUAUCCAACCUGAGAACACAUCAGCGGGUCCACACCGGGGAGAGGCCAUUCUCCUGCUCAACGUGUGGGAAAGGAUUCACUCAGUUAUCCAGCCUGAUGACACACCAGCGAAUUCACACUGGGGAGAAGCCGUACACCUGCUCUGAGUGCGGGAAGGGAUUCACUCGGUCGUCCCAUUUGCUGACACACCAGAGAGUUCACACCGGGGAGAGACCGUUCUCUUGCACGACGUGCGGUAAAGGAUUCACUCAGUCGUCUGAGCUGCUGAUACACCAGCGGGUUCACACUGGGGAGAAGCCGUACACCUGCUCCGAGUGUGGGAAGGGAUUUACUCAUCUGUCCAAUUUGCUGAGACACCAGAGAGUUCACACCGGGGAGAGGCCGUUCACCUGCUCCGACUGCGGGAAGGGAUUCACAUAUCCGUCCAAUUUGCUGAGACACCAGCGAGUUCACACUGGGGAGAGGCCGUUCAUCUGCUCAACGUGUGGGAAAGGAUUCACUCAGUUAUCCAGCCUGAUGAUGCACCAGCGAGUUCACACUGGGGAGAGGCCAUUCUCCUGCUCUACGUGUGGAAAAGGAUUCACUCGAAUAACCUACUUGACACAACAUCAGUGGCUUCACACCGGGGAGAGACCGUUCACCUGCUCCGAGUGUGGGCAAGGAUUCACACAGUUGUCCCACUUGCAGUCACACCAGCGAGUUCACACCAGGGAGAGGCCGUUCUCCUGCUCAACAUGUGGGUUAGGGUUCGCCCGUUCAUCUGAUCUGCUGAAACACCGGCGAGUUCACACUGGGGAGAGGCCAUACACUUGCUCCGAGUGCGGGAAGGGAUUCACUCGGUCACACCAUUUGCUGAGACACCAGCGAGUUCACACCAGGCAGAGGCCCUUCACCUGCUCUGAGUGCGGGAAGGGAUUCCCUUGGUCAUCUGAGCUGCUGAAACACCAGCAAAUUCACACUACAGAGAAAGAUUAAUCAUGCUGUAUGCUCAAUAUACAACCAUCACUGCUACUGAAAUCUUGCGAAAAUUCACAAGUGUUGCAGGUGUUCAUGGGGGUCAGAUUCUGUCGACGCUGCUGAUCUCACCCAGGAUUGAACCCUGUUCAUUGGGCACAGUUGAUUUUCUUUUGUAAUCUCUUUAACUGAGUUAGAGCUCAAUGCUCUGGAUCUCUGAUUAAAAUAAAGCAGUUCUGUUU